UUUUGCGGGAUACAGAUGGAGUGUUUUCCAAACUCGUCUCUAGUCUCAGUAGUGGACUGCCAGUGCUCGGUAUAGUGCAAUCGUUUGAGCUUUGGAAAUUUCAAUGCAAAGAAAGUUCAUAAAGAUCAAGUACAAGGUGGUGCAUAGCUGCAUGGACUUUUGAAUUUUUAGACUAAUAAAGUUAUGGAGAAAAAGAAAGGUAAGUUUUAAUUUAAAGUUGAUAAAUCGAUCUGAUCUUCAUCGAGCUAUGUCAAGUGCACUACUGAUUCAAAAGUCUCAUAUAGUCAGCAGAUGUAACAUUUUACGAAAUCUAUUACGAUACUUCAUAUAUCUUUAAGUAAACCAUUGAACAUUUUCUAUAAAUUUAUCAACAAAAUCUCAAAGUUUCCACCGAAGUCCAUGUUACGUUGAUGUAUGCAGUGGUGCGUGACAAACUCUUGCGUCACAGAUGCUAAUUGUGCAAUAUUUUUCGCAAGGCGAAUACCCGCGUCUACAGCUCUGUUUACCAUUUCCCAACGCAGAGUAAAAAUACACAUCAUGCACGUGACAGCUGUGCGCUAUCGUGCAUAAGAGGAAACUAUGAUAACCGGACGAGUGAAAAAUUCAUCUUUUUCGACAAAAUGUUAUAAUCGCGUUGAUUGAUAGAAGAACGCGUUUUCGUAGAAAAAAUCUCUAUACGAACGAAAAAAAAACAAUGAUUUCUUUUUUUUGGGACUGUACGCUCGAAAUUGACCGAUUGAUUGAUUAUAAGAAUAAUUACGAGGGUAUGACAUGUAACAUCUUUAUUAUGGGUUCGUCGUCUCCUUGGCGAAACCGGGCCAACGGAACGCACACGAGACUUUGCUGCACGUGCUUUCGAUGACGAGAGUCAAUUUACUUAUAUAUCCUUAUAUACAACAGACAGCUGUAGUUACACACAAUCUUAUCAUCGCAUGGGAAUUUAUGCUUAUACGAGCAAUUUCUAUUAAAAAUUCAUAAUAUCUCAUACUCGUGCGAAGUGUACGAAGCGAUAGGAGAAUAACCAUGCUUGCGUCUUGAUGAAUUUAUGGAUUUGGCUUAUUUUUACAUCACAUCGCGAAAAAUGUAACGAUAAAGAGAAAAAUUAUGAGAGCAAUAAACCUUUUAGGCGGUUGAAUUUUCUUCUUACGCAACUUCCUAUUACUUCCGAUCGGGUGAAUACAUUGAAUAUGAAUACAAUCAAGCAUUAAGUAUAGCCACUUACCUGGGGGUUGAAAAAAUGUAAUUGCCGACAUCCAUUCCACAAAAACAAUCCAACGGGCAGGUAUGAACAGGUCGUCGAACUCCGGCGUAAGAGCGAGAAAGCAACACCAACUUCCGCGAAAAAGGAAGCGUAUUCCGCGGCACAAUUAUAUCUUUUAACACACAAAACUCGGUCACUUAACAUUUCCGCGCCAUAUAUUCAGCACACAUCAUCCGGCUGACAUAAGUACACGUUCUAAACCUAUUCGCGACGAGUGGGGUAUACCUACUCGAUAUAAUGUAAACAGUACAUCACACGCGAAACCAGUUAGAACACGCGAGCGCGUCGUCGAGUGACGAAGGCCUAACCUCACUUUCACUCGCGCGGGUCGCGAGUUGGAAAAGUAUAUACAAAGCAUCCACGGGAACAUGGCUCUGGACAAGGAGCCUGAGGCUGGUGCGAGCCGUGAAGAAGUCGAGCCUCUUGAUAAUAAUCAGUCGCCUGUUCUUCCAGAUUCCGACAUCUCCGUCCUGUACAAGAGCAACGGCGCCAAGUUACUCAGCGAUUUCGGUCGAAGAAUAAGUUCUGAUGAGAAAAGUGAAGAUUCAGGAGGAUGGACUCCCAUGCUUCUUCUUGCUGGAGCAACAUGUUGUUUGGGCUCUGCUCUACCGGCUGGGUACAACAUUGGUGUCAUGGGAAAUUCUGCAGAUAUCAUGAAAGAUUUCUGCAACCAAAGUGUUGAAGAACGCUAUGGAGUCCAAAUUAGUGACGAUGGUUUAUAUCUUUUAUGGUCAACCAUUGUUUCAAUCUUCCUCAUUGGAGGAGUAACUGGAUCUCUAACAGCCAGUUUAUUGGCUGAUAAAUUGGGUAGAAGAUGUGCUUUGAGUAUAGGAAAUGUUUGUGGAAUCAUUGGAGCAAUUGCAUUCUUAUUGACACCUACAUUAAAUUCUAUUGAAUUUUUCCUACUUGGUAGACUGUUUGUUGGACUUUCUGGUGGUCUUGCCACAAGUCUUUUGCCUACUUACAUGACAGAAGCUGCUCCUAUUAAAUUACGUGGUGCUGUUGGUGUUCUUUGUCAAUUAGGAAUUACCUGUGGUGUACUAUUGGGACAGAUUGGUGGACUUGCUUCCGUUUUAGGAACCAAGGAUCAUUGGCACUACAUGUUAGCCGCCUUUUCUCCCCUGUGUAUGAUUUCUAUUGUACUUUUAUACAUCUUGCCAGAGAGCCCAAAGUACCUGUUUGUUGUUAAAGAAGAACGGGAGAGUGCAUUACAAGCCCUUAGUCGCUUUAGAAACAUGGACAGGGUUCUUUUGCAAAAAGAAAUAACAGAUUUGGAAGAGGAAUACACCAGUAAAUCUACUGAUAGUUCUUGGACAAUUGCUCGCGUUUUCAGAGAGCCAACUUUAAGACUGCCACUUAUGUUAGUUUGCCUGCUACAAUUUGGCCAACAACUUAGUGGAAUAAAUGCUGUGUUCUACUAUUCAAAUGAAAUUUUUAAAAAUGCACAAUUAGAUGCAGAAACGUCUCAGUACGCCACUAUAGGCACUGGGGUAAUCAAUGUAGGAAUGGCUCUAAUUUCAGUUCCUGUGAUGUCGUGUUUUGGGAGGAAAACGCUUCUUAAUGCUAGCGUUUAUUCAACAAUAGCUUGUCAACUUUUGUUGUGUGUUUCACUUGCACUUAGAGACAGUUAUGGCUAUAUGAAGUGGGUAUGUAUAGCUGCAGUUCUCGCUUUUGUACUUUUUUACGGUAUUGGCCUGGGGCCCAUACCGUACUUUAUUGGAUCAGAGUUGUUUGAUGUCGGUCCAAGAUCCGCGGCUAUGUCAAUGGGUAGCGUUUGUAACUGGGGUGGCAAUUUCAUCGUUGGAAUGACUUUCACGCAAAUGCAAAAAGUUUUUGAUUCGUAUUCCUUUCUAGUCUUUGCCGCAUGUAUGCUGUUUCUUGUACUUUUCUGCAGAAAAUAUUUGCCAGAAACACGGGGUAAAACAACAAUUGAAGUAGCGGCAUCGAUAACUCAAGGAUUACGUUCUCGGCCUAACGAAAUUACUUCCGGCAUAAACGUCACUUAAACAACACGAACGAACAAUUUAUUCCUAGAUAAAAUUCCUGGUAAGCCAUGACAAGAAUUUGUGCACGAUGUAAAAACUAUUCGAUGAACAGUAUAAUGAUAUAAGUAUUCAAAUUUACCUUGUAAUACUUCCGUCAGCCGUACAGACUUGAAAGGACGUGUCAUUGUACCUUUCUUUUUUUGUAAUUUGUAUAUUAUCUUUGUUAUAAAAGAUUUGAAUGCCUUAAACUGUAUAAAAAGAAGUUCCGCGCGCAAAGGAUUACAUGUUCUUUGCCAUUUUUACAAAUCGUAGCAUGUCGUGAUAAAAAAGAAUCUUGUAAAGCCUCGCUUCAAUGAUGUUUGAAUUAUUUUGAGAAAUAAGAACAUCGCGAGUAUAUUGUGACUUUUAUAUGUAUAUUUAUUAAAGGAAAAAGUGUCGUAUAUUCUACGCGCUUAAUUAAAAGUAUGGUGUUUGUACGAUAAAGUGUC